AAUAUUCCAUUCCACCAAUAAUGCAAGCCGUAAUCUAAAGUUACCCCAUCGUUACUCUCUCUGUCUCUCUCUCUCUCUCUCUCUCUCUCUGCCUCUCUCUCCAGCACCCAACCCACAACAAACCCAACCCCAGUUUCUGAGAAGACACACAAGCCAUGACUACUUUGUAGGUCAACAUAAACUAAACUAUUUCGUAAAACAAAUAAAGAACAAAACUUGAUUACAAUUUUUCGUGGAAUAUACCCUCACAGUUUAAUCUCCAAAGGUAACAAAAAACAGGGGGGAAGAAUAGGAACAAAGAUCACCGGGGUUCUGUUCUGCCCCACUACUCCAGAAUCCAGUUCAGCUUUUUCAUUGUUCUCAGAUCUGUGCCUUUCUUCUUUUGUUUUGCCCAAACGGUUUUACGAUGAUUGGUCAUAUGUAUAUAUUGUCUGGAUGCAUGAUUUUCUAACGUAACUCGUCGGACUAAGAUUCAUUGAUUUCAUUGUACACCUCGUCUUAGUUAAGAUCCGAUGAUGUCCAAUCUCCUGAUUUCAAUCUCCGAAAGAGCUCGGAAAAUACGAUAGAGAAAAAACCCAUUUAAAGCUGUCCACUUUUCUGUGUUCUUAACGAAUUGAAUUUAUUGGAGCAGCGACGGCGAUGAUGGAUAUAGAUGAUUUCCGGGCCGUUCUGGACAGUUGUGGGGUUGACGUGUGGACGUUCAUUGACACGGCCAUAGCGGUCGCGUCUUUGGACUACGGAGGCGAGCUCAAGCACCGGAGGGACGGGAUCGUGGAAAGGCUCUAUGCGGCGACCUCGCUGGCGCAGCCUCGGUGCCGAAACUGCGACAACCUCGAUAAUCGGAGGCCUGAUAAUCUAUACGAAGUGAAGGCUCCGGCGGGGGAAAAUAGCAGCGGCCAGGAAGGGAAAGAAGGGUCACCGGUGACACCAGAGUCGGUGGAGAGAGAUGACGACGAAGACUUGGAUCCGUACGGUGGUAUGUUCGAUGACGAGCAGAAGAAGAUUCUUGAAAUUAAGGAGCACCUUGAAGAUCCUGACCAGUCUGAGGAUUCUUUGGUUGAAUUGCUUCAAACUCUAGCAGACAUGGAUAUAACAUUUCAAGCACUCAAGGAGACUGAUAUAGGAAGGCAUGUGAAUCGAUUGCGAAAGCAUUCAUCGAAUGAUGUCCGGAGAUUGGUGAAGCUACUAGUCAGGAAGUGGAAGGACAUUGUGGAUGAGUGGGUGAAGUUGAAUCAACCUGGAGAACACACUUCUGCUGCUCUAAUGGCUUAUGGAGACUCACCCCAGCAGAAAAUUCCCCAAAAUGGUCAUCACCAGGUUCCUGAUUUUGGAUACUCUCCAAAUCCACACAAUGGGAGUUCCGGGUCAGACAAGAAUUAUUCAGAAUCAGAGCCAAAGCCAAAAGCGAUUCCCCGAAAAGAAGCUCCCCCUAGACCAGCCCAAUUAGCACCUGUAUCUGCCUCUGCACAUCAAAAUAGACAAAAAGAGCAAAAAGAUUUUGACUCUGACCGACUGGCUUCAGCGAGCAAACGGCUUCACGAGAAUUACAAAGAAGCUGAAAAUGCCAAAAAGCAAAGAACGAUUCAAGUGAUGGACAUCCAUGAUAUACCAAAACCCAAGAAUGCAUUCUUUACAAAGAACAAAGGUGGUGGUGGUGGUGGUGGUGGUGGUUCUUAUGGGAGGCACCGGUGACAGAAUACUGCAAAAUCAUAUGUACAAAGGGUACAUGACAUGUGACAGAAGGGAAGAGUUCCAAAACCGGUUUUUGCCUCUUUUACUUUUGUUUUGCUCUUUUUUUUUUUUUUUGGAAGUUAAGAAAACAAAAGCAGGAACACUUUCUUUAAUUACUUAGUCGAUGAUGACAAAAAUUAAAAUUGCAUAUUUUGGGAAGGAGUAGAAAAUACAAAGCUCUAGGUUAUCUUAGGCAAGUCCAUGUAUAGAUGUGGGUAUGGACCACUGAAAUGGAUAUUGCUUUCUCUCUUUAAUUUUUUGCAUUGGUUUGGGCUGGGGAAUAAGGUGUGAACAGAGUGAAAAUGAAGCUUUGUUUUGGUGGUGUUCAUGUGA